AUGCUCACUAAUGUCUUCACCUCGGGCAUCGUCAUUAUCGUCAUUUCUGACCUCAUCACCCUCAUCUCCUUCCUCACCCUCACACAUGCCACCCUCACCCAUGCCUGCCCCUCCAAGGCUGCUGUCACAGUGUGCACCAUGCCCCUCCUCAGUGCCCACCUCCUCGUGUUCCUCACCAUCUGGCUCUUCACGAUGAUCAUGCCGUUCACAGACUUUGUCAUGAACUGUGAGGCGAAAAUCACCACAUACUUGGGUAGCACCUCCCUCAGUGCCAGCACCAUCCAGAGCAAGAAAAAUGUGCUCGCGCUUAUCUCAGUCUAUCAUAAACUUGGCUACCAUGAGUGUCCACUCUGCCACAUUUCCGUGAUCAUCGCUGCUUCGAUUCUGUGCUUCUGA